UUUUUCCUUCAGCUGCUGUCCAUCCAGGAAAACAGAGCUGUCAGUCCGUGAGCUAUUCAGCUACUGUGACGGACCGGACAUACAACCGACAGGUGAACGGAGGCCAGGGAUCAGUAUAAAUCUGAAAAGAUUCUCAUAAUAUGUUGCCUCAACACCUGAAGCAGAUCAGAGUCCUCAUGCUCAACAAGAAGGAGAACUUAGAGAGGACUCUGCUCAGACUCGAGCAAGGGUUUGAGCUGCAGUUCCGCCUCGGCCCGAGCCUUCAGGGGAGGAAGGUGAUGGUGUACACCAACUACCCGCUCGAAAAACAGCCGUUUGACCGAAACAGCUUCCACGCUCUGUCAUGGAACUACCCGACAGGAAAGGAGGAAGACUCUGAUAAGUUCUGCACUCUGGACCUCAAGUUGGCCGGCUCCUAUCAGUACUACUUCGGAUAUGCAGACGCAGAGCGUUUGGGAGGAGGCUACAUUGUGGUCGACCCAGUUCUUCAUGUCGGUGCUGACAACCACACUCUGCCAUUAGACUGCAUCACCAUCCAGACCUACUUGUCCAAAUGUCUGGGACACUUGGACGACUGGCCAGAUAGACUGAGAGUGGCCAAGGAGUCAGGAUACAACAUGAUCCACUUCACUCCACUGCAGACUCUAGGAGAGUCCAGGUCCUGCUACUCCUUAGCUGACCAGCUGAGCGUCAACCCUGAGUUCAGCCCACAGGGUUGUAGCUACACCUGGACAGAUGUGGGGGUGCUGCUGGAGAAGCUAAAGACAGAAUGGAACAUGCUGUGCAUUACAGAUGUGGUGUAUAAUCACACUGCUGCUAACAGCAUGUGGAUAAGAGAGCAUCCAGAAUGUGGAUAUAACCUGGUGAACUCUCCUCACCUGCGCCCGGCCUGGGUUUUAGACAGAGCCCUCUGGCAUUUAACCACCAGGGUAGCAGAGGGACGCUACAAAGCUAAAGGACUUCCUCCUGAGAUCGCCAACGAAGGCCAUCUGAAUGCCGUCCGUAGUGUGAUGUGGCAGGACGUGUUCCCUCAAAUCAAACUGUGGGAGUUCUACCAGAUCAAGGUGGACAGCGCUGUGGAUCAGUUUAGGACGCUGCUACAAAAUGGUACAAAGCCAGACCAUAAUAAGACUGGAGGGAAGAAGGGCCUAAAGAUAAUCGAGGAUCCACAAUAUCAUCGUUAUGGCAACACCGUAGACAUGGACUCUGCUCUGGAGACAUUUGUUCCUCACAGCUUCUCCCCUGGGCACAUCGAGGAGUGCUGCGGUUGGCUGAAGCAGAAACUGAACGACCUGAAUGCAGAGCAGUAUGACAUCAUCCACCAGCAUCAGGAGCAGGCUGUCAACUGCCUUAUUGGAAACAUAGUCUAUGAACGUCUCGCUGACCACGGUCCCAAGCUGGGUCCUGUUACCAGGAAAAACCCAAUGGUCACCAGGUAUUUCACCUUCCCAUAUCAGGACAUGACUCUGGAGGAGGAGAUGCAGCUGCUGGACCAGCCAGACAAGAUGUGCCACUUCCUGGCUCACAAUGGUUGGGUGAUGGGCGAUGAUCCACUGCGCAACUUUGCCGAGCCGGGCUCCAAUGUGUACAUUCGCCGGGAGCUGAUCUGCUGGGGUGACAGUGUCAAACUCCGCUAUGGCAACAGGCCUGAGGACUGCCCGUAUCUGUGGAGUCACAUGAAGAAAUAUACGGAAAUCACAGCCAAAUAUUUCAGCGGAGUCCGUCUGGACAACUGCCAUUCAACACCAUUACAUGUUGCUGAGUUCAUGCUGGAUGUGGCCAGAAGAGUGAAUCCUGACCUGUAUGUUGUGGCUGAACUGUUCACUGGCAGCGAGGAGCUGGAUAAUAUCUUUGUUACCAAACUAGGGAUUACAUCACUCAUACGAGAGGCCAUGUCAGCCGGUGACAGCCACGAGGAGGGCCGACUGGUCUAUCGUUAUGGAGGUGAGCCAGUAGGAGCCUUUGUUCAGCCCAGUCUCCGCCCACUGAUGCCCUCUAUUGCACAUGCCAUGUUCCUCGAUGUAACUCAUGACAACGAGUGUCCUAUCCAGCUCCGGUCAGCAUUCGACUCUCUGCCCAGCUCUGCUAUUGUCUCCAUGGCCUGCUGUGCUACUGGCUCCACCAGAGGAUAUGAUGAACUAGUGCCACAUCAGAUCUCUGUGGUGAAGGAGGAGCGCUUUUACCCCAAAUGGAACCCCUCAGCAGCCCCCACCUCCCCUGGUGAGGUUGGGUUCCACACUGGCAUCAUAGCUGGGAAACAGGCACUUAACAAGCUCCACCAGGAACUGGCUGCACAGGGAUUUAUACAGGUGUACGUCGAUCAGGUUGAUGCAGAUAUUGUUGCAGUUACUCGUCACUGUCCCAGCACCCACCAGUCUGUGGUAACAGUGAGUAGGACAGCCUUCUGGAACCCCAAAACCCACGAGUACAGCACCAGUGUUUCACCCAUGUUCAUUCCUGGGAAGAUAGAGGAGGUGGUGUUUGAGGCAAGGACAGUGGAAAGGAAUGCUGGGACAUAUAAGAAGGAUGAUAACUACAUCAAUGGCAUGCCAGAAUACACGGUGGAAAUUAAAGAGCACAUCCAGUUAGAGGAGAGUACAGUGGUGAAGAAGGCUGGAGUGACAUCAAAAGGGCGUUCAGAGUUUGUGCAUGAGAUCACCUUCCAGAAGUUGACACCUGGCAGCGUCAUUGCCUUCAGGGUUAGUUUGGACCCCAAAGCCCAGAAGCUGGUGGGUGUGCUAAGGUAUUAUCUUUCCCAGUUCAGCCCCAAGUACAGGAGAGGCAGUGUAGCAGAUGAAAACCCUCCAGAAGCACUAAAGAAACCCCUGGCACAGCUGAUGUCUAAGCUGACACUGGCAGACAUGAACAUCCUGCUGUUUCGUUGUGACUCGGAGGAAAAAGAGGACGGUGGAGGCUGUUACAGUAUCCCAGGCUGGGAAGCCCUCAAAUAUGCAGGACUUCAAGGUCUGAUGUCUGUACUGGCUGAUAUUCGUCCCAACAAUGACCUGGGCCAUCCUUUGUGUGCUAACCUCAGACAAGGAGACUGGCUCAUAGACUUUGUUGCCAACAGACUGAUACACAGAGAGGGGCCGCUGGCACAGGUGGGGCACUGGUUGGCAGCCAUGGUUAACUUCCUGAAACACAUCCCACGCUACCUCAUCCCCUGCUACUUCGAUGCUAUCCUGGUAUCAACCUACACCACAGCCCUGGAUGCAACCUACAAACUCAUGUCAAGUUUUGUCCAGAAUGGCUCCACCUUCGUCCAUCACCUGGCCCUUGGUUCAGUUCAGAUGUGUGGCGUCGGACGCUUUCCUGCUCUGCCUCCUCUUUCUGCCAAUUUAGAUGACGUCCCAUAUCGCAUCAGUCCAAUCACCAGUCAGAAGGAGCAGUGCUGUGUCUCACUGGCUGCAGGUCUUCCUCAUUUCUCUGCGGGGAUUUUCCGUUGCUGGGGCAGAGACACCUUUAUCGCUCUCAGGGGACUGAUGCUCCUCACUGGGAGACACACGGAGGCUCGCAACAUCAUCCUGGCCUUUGCAGGGACUUUGCGUCACGGUUUGAUCCCCAACCUGCUGGGAGAGGGUCGCGGUGCCAGAUACAACUGCCGUGAUGCAGUGUGGUGGUGGCUGCAGUGCAUCCAGGACUACGCAACGCACGUUCCCCAAGGUCAUGAAAUCCUCCGCUGCCCUGUCACACGCAUGUACCCUACUGAUGACGGUGAACCCAGAAAACCUGGAGAGGUGGAGCAGCCUCUAUAUGAUGUGAUCCAUGAAGCUCUGCAGCGCCACCUGGAGGGAAUUUCCUUCAGAGAGAGAAAUGCUGGACCCAAGAUAGACAUGAACAUGAGAGAUGAAGGGUUCAGUGUCGCUGUUAGGGUCGACUCAGCCACAGGUUUCGUGACUGGAGGAAACCGCUUUAACUGCGGCACGUGGAUGGACAAAAUGGGAGAGAGUGAGAGAGCCAGGAAUAAAGGCAUGCCUGCUACUCCGAGAGACGGAGCAGCAGUGGAGAUCGUUGGUCUGAGUAAGUCAGCAGUCCGCUGGGUGGUGGAGCUUCAUGCCAAAGGACUGUUCCCUUAUGAUGGAGUUAAGCUGCAUAGAGACGGUAAGGAAGUGUUCAUCUCGUACUCCCAGUGGAACCAGCAGCUCCAGCAGUCCUUUGAAGCUGGAUUCUGGGUGUCUGGGGACCCACAUGACCCCAAUGAGCAGCACCCUGAUCUGGUGCACAAAAAGGGCAUCUAUAAAGACAGUUACGGAGCCUCCAGCCCCUGGUGUGACUACCAGCUCAGACCCAACUUCACUAUCGCCAUGGUGGUGGCUCCAGAGCUGUUCACUGUGGAGAGAGCCUGGAAAGCUUUGGAGAUAGCUGAGGAGAAACUGCUGGGACCGCUGGGAAUGAAAACACUUGAUCCUGAUGACAUGGUUUACUGUGGUGUCUACGAUAACGCACUGGACAAUGAUAACUACAAUGUGGCGAAAGGCUUCAACUACCACCAAGGACCGGAAUGGCUGUGGCCGGUUGGCUACUUCCUGCGUGCUAAACUCUACUUUGCCAAGGAACUGGGAGAUGAAACUUAUGCCAAGACGGUUACUCUGGUGAAAAAUGUUCUGUCACGACAUUACACUCACCUGGAGAGGUCUCCAUGGAAAGGUCUGCCCGAGCUGACCAAUGAGAAUGGCCAGCACUGUCCAUUCAGCUGUGAGACCCAGGCCUGGUCUCUGGCCACUGUGCUUGAGGUCCUCUACGACCUGUAGAACCAGCAAAGGCACUUCCUAGCUCAGUGUGUCAAUCACCAGCCACCUCUGACAUCACUUCCUGUGAUCAGUUGUUUUUUUGUUUUUGUUUUUUGAUGCUGCAUUCAUGUCUUGUGGGAAAGAAACUGGGCGAGCAGCAGCAGAUGUAAAUGAGAGUUCAUGUUCUCCAACAGCAGCAGAGCUGUACCCUUGGUCUGAAGGCUUGGUCCUGUAGCAUGUUAGGAUUUAUUCUUUAUCAGUCCCAGGUGAUAUCUGAUAUGCUGCAGUUUUCCAAAUCUCACUGUGACAUUGUGGUGGGGGAAGCACGGUCUUCAUCAUCGUUUCAGCCCCUCUGCUCGAUUUUCCAAAUAAAUGGCAGCAGGCUGAAAGUGUAUCCUGACCAGUCUUGAUUGCAUUUGUCUGUACCUGAGCCUGAAAGCAGAAUAAAAAGCUGAAAACAUCACAGCAGAAAGUUGAAGUAAUAUAGGGAGCUCCUAUUUCCUACCUUUCCCAUAUGACCUAAAUGCAGCACAUUUUCAAGUUGAGCUAAUGUUUAGAAAGAGCAACAGCUGCUGAGCUGAAGGUUAACAGACACACAGCUGCUCCCACUGCAGACAUUCACACCAAGGACAUGUGUGCUGUGAAAGAUCUGUUUUAACAGGCAUUAGUUUGAUUAGUAUUACACUGGUUUGUCGGUCACCUGAGUGGAUGAUUUCCAUCUAGCUAAACACUUUGUAUUGAAAUGUUGUCAUUGUGUGCUUUUAAACCUUAUGUCUGAUUGUCACCUGUAACCUGCAGUGAACAGCUGCUAUUACAAACUGUAGCAAGAGUGAUACCUGCUUAACGUUGUUGUAGCUUAAACAGAGCACCGGCUUCUGGUCCAUAAAGUAGCUAAACCCUUCACCUCAUGCCUUUUCUCACCUCAAUUUCCUGCCAAAUUUGUCUUCCACGACGGUGCAGAUUUCCCAUGAGCCUUAUGAUGUGGUCAAUAUUUGUGUGACGUCUUCUUGCACCAUCAUAUUCUGCAGCCAGUUUUGUGCAU